AUGGCAACAACAACUCUAGCUACAAUAGCAAGCACAACAGUAGCUGCUACGACAACCACUGCCGCUUCUAUAACAUCUACAACAAGCGCAACAGUAACCCCUACGGCAACAACUACAGCUUCUUCUACGACAAAAAUUGUAGAUCCUGUGACCACCACAAAUGAUGCAGCUACUACAACAACCGCAGCUCCUACAAUUCCAACUGUAGCUUCUUCCACAAGGACAAGUACAGCCCCUACUGGAACCACAACAGAAGCUUCUUCUAUAACAGCUGUAGAAACUACGACGACCACAACAACAUCCCCUACGACAACUGCAGCUCCUACUACAACCACCGGAGCUCCUACGGACACUUCAACAGCAGCAGCUCUUACAACAACAACUGAAGCUGCUUCCACAAGCACUACUGCAGCCACUACUGCAACCACAACAGAAGCUUAUUCUACAACAACUGUAGAAACUACAACUACCACAACAACAUCCCCUACGACAACUGCAGCUCCUACUACAACCACCGGAGCACCUACGGCCACUUCAACAGCAGCAGCUCUUACAACAACAACUGAAGCUGCUUCGACAAGCACUACUGCAGCCCCUACUGCAACCACAACUGAAGCUUCUUCUACAACAACUACAGCACCUACGACAACCACAACAAUCUCCCCUUCGACAACUGUAGCUCCAACAACGCCAAUCACAACCGAAGGUCCUACUACCAUUUUAACUCCUACGACAACCACAACUGUAGCACCUACGACAAAGACAACAACAUCCUUUUCGACAACUGCAGCUCCAACAACUGUAGUUCCUACAACGCCAAUCAAAACUGCAGGACCUACUACCAUUGUAAGUCCUACGACAAACACAAAUGUAGCUCCUACAGCAACCACAACAGCAGCUAGUACAACAAAUGUAGCUCCAACGAUCACUACAACUGCAGCAGCACCAACUGUAGCUGCAUCCACAACCACUACUGCAGCCCCUAUGGCAACAACAACUCUAGCUACAAUAGCAAGCACAACAGUAGCUGCUCCGACAACCACUGCCGCUUCUAUAACAUCUACAACAAGCGCAACAGUAACCCCUACGGCAACAACUACAGCUUCUUCUACGACAAAAAUUGUAGAUCCUGCGACCACCACAAAUGAUGCAGCUACUACAACAACCGCAGCUCCUACAACUCCAACUGUAGCUUCUUCCACAAGGACAAGUGAAGCCCCUACUGCAACCACAACAGAAGCUUAUUCUACAACAGCUGUAGAAACUACGACGACCACAAAAACAUACCCUACGACAACUGCAGCUCCUACUACAACCACCGGAGCUCCUACGGCCACUUCAACAGCAGCAGCUCUUACAACAACAACUGAAGCUGCUUCCACAAGCACUACUGCAGCCACAACUGCAACCACAACAGAAGCUUAUUCUACAACAACUGUAGAAACUACAACUACCACAACAACAUCCCCUACGAAAACUGCAGCUCCUACUACAACCACCGGAGCACCUACGCUCCUACUACAACAACUCACCUACGACAACGACAACAAUCUCCCCUUCAACAACUGUAGCUCCAACAACGCCAAUCACAACCGAAGGUCCUACUACCAUUUUAACUCCUACGACAACCACAACUGUAGCACCUACGACAAAGACAACAACAUCCUUUUCGACAACUGCAGCUCCAACAACUGUAGUUCCUACAACGCCAAUCAAAACUGCAGGACCUACUACCAUUGUAAGUCCUACGACAAACACAAAUGUAGCUCCUACAGCAACCACAACAGCAGCUACACCUACGACAACCACAACAAUCUCCCCUUCGACAACUGUAGCUCCAACAACGCCCAUCACAACCGAAGGUCCUACUACCAUUUUAACUCCUACGACAACCACAACUGUAGCACCUACGACAAAGACAACAACAUCCUUUUCGACAACUGCAGCUCCAACAACUGUAGUUCCUACAACGCCAAUCAAAACUGCAGGACCUACUACCAUUGUAAGUCCUACGACAAACACAAAUGUAGCUCCUACAGCAACCACAACAGCAGCUACUCCUACAACUCCAACUGUAGCUUCUUCCACAAGGACAAGUGCAGCCCCUACUGCAACCACAACAGAAGCUUCUUCUAUAACAGCUGUAGAAACUACGAUGACCACAACAACAUCCCCUACGACAACUGCAGCUCCUACUACAACCACCGGAGCUCCUACGGCCACUUCAACAGCAGCAGCUCUUACAACAUCAACUGA